UACAAUAAGUACGUACCGUAAUCGACUACGUUCAUUGCCAGAUUUUUAACAUGAACUUAUCGAUUUAUAUGUUGGUAUUACCUGAAAGCUACAUGGUUAUAGGAAGUAUAUGUGAUAGUAAGUAUGCUAUAAAAUUGUUAUUGCUUAACAGUUUGUAAUCAUAAAUAUAAUUAAUAUAUCGAUGAAGCAUCGCGCAGUGAUGGAAACCGAACCUGUAGAGAAGCGUCAUGUGAAAAUUAAUAAUGAAGCAACUGAUGACGUUAGAGAUGUUAUUGAGGCUAAAGCAACACCUUAUACUGGUAAUCUGAAUGUUCCAAGAAAUAACCUGGACGUGUCUCGUUCUUCAUCAUCGUCAUCAUUAGCAAGCAGCAUUCAGAAUGAUGAACUUGGAAAGAAUGGCAUCUGUCCUGAAGAUACCUUAAGCAAUGACUCGGAAGCAGUGUUGGACGAAAUCCAGAAGGGACCCACAAGAUACCUACCAGCGGUCAAUGUUCCUGAGAAAAUUAUCCUUUGUAUUGACCUGUCAGAGGACCCCAAUUAUACUCCAUUUAAAUUAGGGGACGGCACAAAGUAUGCACCUCUAUAUAUGAUAAAAAGAGUAGCAGAGAUUUUCAUUAAUAGUAAAAAUCUUAUCAACAAGAACCAUGAAUUUGCUUUGGUAGUUUUACAGACUGACACAGUUGCUUGGCUUCGAGACUUCACGAAUGACCCCCAUGACAUCAUAUCAGUGUUAGAGGAUAUGAGUGAAACUCAACAAGGUGAUAUCUUUGAUUUGUCAACACUGUUUGAUAUUAUUACCGAUCAUAUAUCUUUCCCUCAAAUAAGUGAACCCAAUGUAACUCCGCCACCAUUUGUUGUCAGAGUGGUUUUGCUGUACAGUCGAAGUCACUGUGUUCCGAAGUUUGUUCAUGGUCGAGAGUCUUUAACUCUCUUGUUAUCGUCAGACUAUUUCACUCUGGAUAUUUUGUACAUUCAUGAAGACCCUUCUGAAGCUAACAAAUGUGAAGAAAUAUUCAGUGUUUUAGAUGACUUGGAUGACAGAGGAUUUUCAUAUGUGCUUGAUGUUCCAAGGAAUACAACAAAACUGCAUGAUAAUAUGGCAAAAUUACUUGGACAUCCACUACAGCGACCAAUUCAGAAGGUAGCAUAUUACAAACUGGAACUACAGGAAAUUCGAUAAGUGGAGAUGCUAUAUGUGAAUAUAAAUGUGUAAUUACAAUAAACAAUUUCUUUAAUUACUGUAUUCAUCAUAAAUGUUAACAUUGGUGUAUGAUUUCAUUAAUACAUAUUAGAAUGCAGUCAUGAAGAACAAUAUGUGUAUCAUAAUAUUUAUUAUAAUUUGUAGAAUGUUGAAAUGAGCAACAUGAUGUUAGUUUGAUCUUCAAUCAGCUGCCAUAACUUGUGUCUUAACCAAGAUAAAUUGGACACAUGCAACUGUAAAUGAAUUCUGAAGGUCAGUGAGUUGUGUUCCAGCAGGUUUUAUAUAAGGUUUUUUACUCGGUGUCCCAAAUAACAGCUUGGCAGUACUUUAAAUUUAGCCAGAUUCUGCACUUCUCUUGUGACAUACCACAUACUUUAAUAUCAAUGUUUGACAGUUAUGUAGUAAGAUGUUCUUAUACAAAUUGUGCUGCUGGUAAUAAAAUGUAAUGUACUUUAUCGGAAAUUAUAAUUAAAAAUUGCUUUUGAUUUGAGAU